CCCAAAGCACCACUUACUAACCAUGGGACCCUGGAAAAGUCACUUACUCUGAAUAUAUUCAUUGGUGUAAUUGCUGAGACAUUUUCGUUGGAGAAAUGUCUUCAGAGUCAGAAAAGGAUACGGAGAGGCUGGUUCAAGCUGCCAAAACAUUCUUUCUUCACAUGCAAGAUUUCACUUCCUUCACGAACACGCUCACCGAGUUGUUUAACAGCAGUAUGAAUACUCAGAUCAUCUCGAUGGCUGUGAAAGAAGAUGGUUAUAUUAAGGAUGUCUUUGAACAGAUGCUCAAAAUUUUUAAGGAGAUGAAAUCUGUCUUGGAUUCAAAGGAUGACAAAAAGCAGCAAGACUUAUUUUCCAAGGUUGCAGCAGCGAUGUCCUCAGUGCUUGAGAAGAGUACCAAUGUAAAGGAGCUGCAUCAGUCGGCUAAAGAAGAGUUAAAAAAUAUCCAUAUACCAGCCAUUGUCUCUUUGCUGAAUAGUAGUAAUGUCUUUGGGAUUUUGGAAUCUUCUCUUUCACUCUUGAUGAAGCAUCCCAUCAUAAAUCUUAAAUUAAGUGACUUCUGUAGAAAAGACACCAAAGAGCAAUCAGAUGCUACCACAUCUGAGAAAAGCCCAAGUGCAGGUCCAUCCAAAACCACUACAAUAGACACUGUGAAAAAGUUGCAGGAUGCACUAAAAAUUGAGAAUGCUAUGACUACCAUGCAGUCAGCUGCAGAUCAGCUGGAGCAAAUUGUCAAAACUCUGAGACCAAUCUUAGAGAUCCUCCAAAAAGCCGUAAAGACUAUGGAAAUGAGUACGUCUGGGAGUAAGAAAGCCAGUGACUAGUAGGAGUGCAACAGAAGUGCUCAUUUCUGUCAGAAAAUCAGUUCAAAUCCUGUGAGUUUUCAUUGCACAUUUUAAGACCUUUGAUGUCAGACAUGUGGUCUGUUGGGACAUUGAUGCAAAGGGUAGUCACCUGGCAAACAAUUUACUUCAAGUUUUGCUUUCUUCAAAUAAAAAUAAUAAUGUCUACUUGAAAUGGUA